AUGGAAGCUCAUGCUCUUUUCCUGUCGUCACCUUCUCCGUGGGUAUCCCUAGCUGGCCUACCGAGAAAGCAAUCUCUUUUCAUUAUUGACAAAUUACCAGCACGAACCACUGCUAUACGUACCCAUCUAUUAUCUAACCAUGCUUCUGUAACAGCUCCUAAACGGGAAAAAGAUCCGAAAAAACGGGUAGUUAUAACGGGUAUGGGUCUUGUCUCUGUGUUUGGGAACGACGUUGAUACAUACUAUGAUAGACUAUUAGCUGGAGAGAGUGGAAUCAGUUUAAUUGAUCGAUUCGAUACCUCCAACCUCCCCACACGUAUUGGUGGCCAGAUUCGAGGAUUCCAAACACAUGACCUCAUUGAUGGCAAAGUUGACCUUGGACUUGAUGACUGUCAACGAUAUUGCAUUGUUGCAGGGAAAAAAGCUCUUGAAGAUGCAGCUCUUGGAGUCAAUGAACGCUCAAAGAUUGAUAAGGAGCGUGCUGGCGUGCUUAUUGGAUCAGGAAUGGGAGGUGUUAGGGUAUUUUCUGACGCUGUAGAGUCUCUAAUAGAGGGAGGUUAUGAAAAAAUAUCACCUUCAUUUACACCUUAUUACAUAACAAACAUGGGUUCAGCGUUACUUGCAAUUGAUCUUGGAUGUAUGGGACCAAGCUACUCCAUUUCAGCUGCAUGUGCGACAUCUAAUUUUUGCAUCUAUGCGGCUGCUAAUCAUAUCCGUGAAGGUGACGCUGAUUUGAUGAUAGCUGGUGGCGUCGAAGCUUCAUGUAUUCCUGUUGGAUUUGGAGGUUUUGCUGCAUGUAAUGCACUGUCAAAGAGAAAUAAUGAUCCCCAGACUGCUUCUAGACCAUGGGAUAAGGAUAGAGAUGGAAUCGUCAUGGGUGAAGGUGCUGGUGUUUUGGUGAUGGAGAGUUUAGAACAUGCAAUGAAAAGGGAUGCACCAAUACUUGCUGAAUACUUGGGAGGUGCAGUAAAUUGUGAUGCUUAUCAUGUAACUAAUCCACGAUCUGAUGGGCUUGGUCUUUCGUAUUGCAUACAAAGCUGCCUUAUGAAUGCUGGUGUGUCGGUAGAAGAGGUAAACUACGUUAAUGCACAUGCCACUUCAUCCGUGGUUGGUGAUCCCAUUGAAUUAAAAUCGCUUAUGAACGUAUUCAAGAACACUUCAUGGACGAAAAUCAAUGCCACCAAGUCAAUGAUAGGUCAUUGCAUGGGCGCAACUGGAAGUCUAGAAGCCAUUGCUACAAUUAAAGCUAUUCAAACAGGAUGGUUACAUCCUACCAUCAAUCAAUUCAACCUAGAACCAAGGGUGGAGUUUGACACUGUUGCAACUCAAAAGCAACAACAUGAGAUUAAUGUUGCUAUUUCAAAUUCAAUGGGUUUUGGUGGACACAACUCUGUUGUAGCAUUUACUGCAUUCAAACCUUGA